UGAGUCUGAACCAGUUUUCUGAUCUGACCUUCGCUGAAUUUAAAAAAUUGUACCUGUGGAGAGAGCCCCAGAACUGCUCAGCCACGAAGGGGAACUUCCUGCGCAGCUCCGGGCUGUAUCCCGACUCCAUCGACUGGAGGAAGAAGGGAAAUUAUGUGACGCCCGUGAAAAACCAGGGUCCCUGUGGGAGCUGCUGGACCUUUUCCACCACGGGGUGUUUGGAGUCUGCUAUUGCUAUUGCGACAGGAAAGCUCCUCUCUCUGGCGGAACAACAGUUAGUUGAUUGCGCUCAAGCUUUUAACAACCAUGGCUGCAGUGGGGGCCUGCCAAGCCAAGCCUUUGAAUACAUACUGUAUAACAAAGGGCUCAUGGGGGAGGACACCUAUCCGUACCGGGCCGAGAAUGGCACGUGCAAGUUCCAGCCAGAGAAGGCUAUUGCGUUUGUCAAGGAUGUUAUCAAUAUCACACAGUAUGAUGAGGAUGGCAUGGUGGAAGCUGUGGGGAAGCACAACCCGGUGAGCUUUGCCUUUGAGGUGACGGGUAACUUCAUGCACUACAGAAAAGGAGUCUAUUCAAACCCACGAUGUGAGCACACUCCUGACAAGGUGAACCACGCUGUCCUCGCUGUGGGGUAUGGAGAAGAAAAUGGGACUCCUUACUGGAUUGUGAAGAACUCCUGGGGCCCGCGGUGGGGCAUGGAUGGGUACUUCCUUAUUGAACGUGGCAAGAAUAUGUGUGGUCUUGCUGCUUGUGCAUCUUACCCAGUUCCUCAGGUGUAA